AUGCGUUCUUGGUACGGAAGGGGUCGCUCCCUUCAAGUGGCUGUCACUGCUUGCUGCUUGGCUGCCUUCAUUCUAUUUGGUUAUGACCAAGGAGUUUUCAGUGGAAUUGUUGGCAAUGAGGAUUGGAUGAAGCAGUUUGGUUAUCCCAAUGACUCCGAGGAGGGCAUUAUCGUCAGCUGCUAUAACCUGGGAUGCUUGGUGGGAUGCUUAAUCAGUUUCUUCAUUGGUGAAUAUCUCGGCCGCCGGAAGACGAUUUGGUUGGCAAUGGGCGUGGUAAUUGUCGGUGCUGUUUUGCAAACCACUGCUUUCACGGUACCUCAUCUCAUCAUCGGCCGAUUGGUAACAGGAGCCGGAACCGGCCUGAAAACAUCGACUGUCCCGAUGUACCAAGCCGAGAUGUGUGACGGAAAAACGCGCGGUCGUCUCAUCGCUUCCGAGGUUCUCUUCGUUGCCGUAGGCAUUGUUGUGGCGUACUGGUUCGACUUUGGCAUGUCUUUUGUUGGAGGCCCCAUUGCCUGGCGGCUUCCUAUCGCCAUGCAAAUCAUCUUUGCGAUUUUCGUCAUCGUUUUAGUAUUCGGUCUGCCCGAGUCGCCUCGCUGGCUCAUGAAUCAUGGCCAAGAAAAGGAGGCCAUAGAGGUUCUUUGUGCUGUCUAUGAUAAACAAGAGUAUGAAGAAUACAUCGUCAACGAGCGCCGAGCCAUUAUCUCUGCCAUCGAGCUGGAGAGUAACGCGACCAAAAAGCCUUUCUGGUCAAUCUUCCGCAACGAUGAAGUUAAAACCGGCCAGCGAGUUCUUCUUGCAUGGGGCAUGCAGCUCAUGAAUCAGGUUGGCGGGAUCAACUUGGUGGUAUAUUUCGUGCCGACUGUUCUGAAGCGAAACGUUGGCCUUGACAGCCAACUGUCCCAAAUCCUCGGUGGGUGCAUUCAAAUAAUGUUCAUGCUUGGUUCUCUUCUUCCAGCAUUCAUGCUCGAUCGCAUGGGCCGUCGUCGCACCAUGAUGAUUGGCUCUUUUGGUUUGGGUGUUUGCAUGAUGAUGGUUGCGGCACUGUUGUCACAAGUUGAUAAACCCAACGGAACGACCUACGCCUCCGCAUCGGUAUCAUUCUUCUUCCUCUUUAUGCUUAUCCACGGCAUGUCGAUUAACUCCGUACCAUGGGUGUAUGUACCGGAGAUCCUACCCCUCGAGGCCCGCACCAAGGGCACAGCUGUCGGUAUCAGCUCCAACUGGCUGUGGAACUUCACCGUGGUCAUGAUCACGCCGGUUAUCAUUAACCGUAUUCAAUGGAAGGCGUAUCUGAUCUUCAUGAUUACGAACUUCCUUUUCAUUCCUGUCGUUUAUUUCUUCUACCCGGAGACCGGAAACUUGCGCCUCGAGGAUGUGGACCUGAUUUUCUCUCGUGGUGGCGACCCAGUCAAGCAGGCCCGUUUGAUGGCCGCUGAGAUCAAGGCUCACGGCUACCUUAUCUCAGAUCAGACAGGAGAUGAGAAAGAACUUAAAGGUUCCAGCGUUGCAGUGGAACAUGUAUAG